AACUCGAACUUUGUUCAGAAAAGGGUGUGAUUGUAGAAGAAUGGGAUGCGUGUGUGUCUUUCAUUCAAGGACGGCAAACCGACUGCUUCUUUAACGUAAAUGUGUGGCCGAAAAGUACUCGUGCCAAGUAUAGAGCUUCUUUCCCUUGUACGGUGCAACUGGAAACUGUUUUCCGGUUAAAAGAAAAAAAAACGAUAAAACUCACGUAUGUGUACCCCAGGCUCUUCAAAAUCACCUGUCGUUUCCUCCUCCGGCCAAAGUGUGGUGGUCAGAAGUAGUUGCUCACAAAUACCCAUGGCUAGCACCUCUUGUUCUGGUAUUGCGAGCUCCGGCCCUAGGAUCUCCAGUACCAGGUAUAGCACUAUUGGGUCUGCCCUUGGAGGAGCUGGUGGUUUCGGGGCAAGAAGCAGUCUUAGCGUAAGUGGCAAUGCAGUUAUCUCCAACGAGAAAGAAACCAUGCAAGAACUCAACGAUCGACUGGCAAACUACCUAGAAACUGUUAGGAGACUUGAGAAUGCCAACAAACAACUGGAAAUACAGAUUCGGGAGGAGAUGGAGAAAAGGGGUCCAAGUAUAAGGGACUACAGCAACUACGAAAAAAGCAUUAAAGAACUGCGUGAUCAGGUUUAUGAUACUGCUGUGGAUAAUGUUCGUUUGGCACUAGCGAUUGACAAUGACCGCAUUGCAGCUGAUGACUUCAAAGUCAAGUAUGAAACGGAGGUAACUAUUAGGCAGUGUGUUGAACUGGAUAUUGAUGGUCUUCGAAAGGUCAUUGACGAUAACACUGUGAUUCGACUGAUGCUCGAGGAUGAAAUAGAGUCUCUGAAGGAAGAACGGAUCUUACUCAAGAAGAGUCAUGAAGCUGAAGUUGCAGCUCUGCGAGACCGGGCAAAUGGCUGUGGUGUUCAGGUAGAUGUAGAUGCUCCCAAGGGAACUGGUAUGUCAGAAAUUAUGGCAACACUUCAAGCAGAGUAUGCAGCUUUGAUGAGCAAGAGCAAAGAAGAUAGAGAUCACUGGUAUGCAAUUAAGGCUGAAAGCUUCCAAGUGGAAACAUCAUACAACAAAGAAUCAUUGCAGACUGCCAAAACUGAACUGAGUGAUCUGCGUUGCAAAAUUCAGUCUCGGCAGCUUGAGCUGGAGUCUAACAUAAGCAUGAAAGCAUUACUUGAAGGUACGCUCAGGGACACAGAACUGCAUUAUAACAUGGAAAUGGAAAGGCUUGGGGCCCUCAUCAGCAGAAUCGAGGCAGAACUAUCUCAGUUUCGCAGUGAUAUGCAGAGACAGGCCCAGGACUAUGAGGCGCUACUAAAUGCCAAGAUGAAACUGGAAGAAGAAAUUGCUACAUACAGAUGCCUGCUGAAAGGAGAUUCAGAUGAAUCAUUAAUCUUGCAGGAUGCCCCAUCUGCUAUGAAAGUCAACAAUGUCCAGACAGUGCAAAAAAUUACAGUAAUUACAAAGAAGCUGAUUGAUGGCAAGGUUGUAGAAGACAAUAUUGUCACAGAUACAAAAUAAAAUGUAAUGGUUUAACAGUGAUGUGAUGAUGUUGGUCUAGUUAAGUCAGGAAAUGUUUGACACUGAGUAUUGUAUGGUUUGCCAUUUCUUUCUAGUGUUUCUUAUCUAUUGACUUUGUUGACAAAAAAGUAAAGAAAAAGAAGUAAUUGAAAAGCUGACUUCUUUUUUUCUUAUUGGAAAUAAGCCGCAAUAUUUUUCCUAAAAUGUUAACACAAUACCUUUUUGGACAGUAUUCACAAAAGUUUAGAAAAGACCACACACACAUUUAAUUAAAAUUGUUUAAGAUGUUGUCUUGUGUUCCACUUUCUUCCUGUUUUUUCCAAGUUUAAAAAACUACUCUGCUUUAUGGGUGAUACAAAGCUGUGAGUUGUGGUAUAGAUUGCUUACUACAGUCAUUACAUCUUUGGUGCAUCUUAAAAAAGUGGGGACUUAUAUUUGCCACUAGAUGGCAGAAUUGUGCAACAAAUGAUAGUCCAAGCUAGCUGCACAGUAGAAUGUGUGGUUCAG